AUGAAGGACAUCAUGAAGUUGUGGGCGGUGGUGUUGGGAUUUCUUGUGGGCGGAUCCGUUACCCUUGGCCACGCCCCUUUAGAUAGCUCAGUUUCCCCUACGAAAGCCUUUAAUAAAGAAAAUGGACCAAACCUACCUAAGAGAAUGGGAAAACAAAAGGAGGUGAGUCAAAUAUUGCAGCCGAUGAAAUACUCAGAAAGUAAUCUUUAUAAAUUACCUACUAAAGAUGAAGCAGUUGGAGAAAAGGGGUUAGUUGACAAAAUAAAUACAGACUCAGCUGACAGUGCAAACAGUGAUUCAUCACUCUACCAAUACAAAUCGCAGGGGCCGGCUCUCCAGACAAACAAUCAAAAUGGACACUAUAUAUUCUCUAAUGGCAUCGUAAAAUUUGUAGCAUACACUACACCGCCAUCAAAUACAGUGACUACUACCUCAAAAGCUACAGUGGCGUAUGAUACUUUCACGGAAACAAUAUCCGAAGCCACCACAGGGCAUGCAUAUGGCAGUAACAGCACCACAGAUUCACCCUAUAAUAUUACUACAAGAGAUGCAUAUGACACCGUCUCUGUUAGCACAAAGACGGUGUAUGACUUCAUCAUGGGUUUGGAGUCUGACUCGGUAGCAGAAGAUAAAAUAAUGAAAUCUACAUCGCAUGCGACCAAAUCGUCACUUUUGACUGACGAAUUUCAGACAUUUGAUGAUUCUCUAAGUACUGAAUCUAGUGUCAUGUCUGUAGAAAUGCCAAAGCAAACUGCAGACGGAAAUGCAGCGACAUCUAUGAACUACCUCAAGCAUGUCUCUACUUGGAACUUGACUUCAUUGCAGCCCUUAUUCCCGCAAUCCAUCUGGCCCUUUCAGACCUCCCCUGCAACCACGAAACCCCCACCUACUAUAGAGAGGGACACAGAGGAGACUCACUCAUGGACAGCCCUUGAUGAAGGUUUGUAUGUAAAAACAACAACCCGGCGGCCAUUUACACCUACAAAAACUUCAUCGGCAUCCUGGCCACUUUUUGAUGUUGAGGGAGAGAGCAAGCGACCUCUAGAACAUUCAGCUGAAACAGCUGCAGGCCAUUCACCAGCAGGUAACGACUAUGGAUUGGGUCAUCAUGACGAUGAUCUGUUUGUAGAAACUGCCACGGGAAAACCACUGAUGCAUCCAGUAACAACCACAACAAAUGCUCCUUUUUUAACUGAUGUAGGAAACUGGCUUGAACUAGAAGAUGGGCUUUUUAUCAGGACAUCAACUCGACAGCCAUUCACUCGCCCUGUAAAAACAACAGGGGACCCCUCUACCACUGUACCACACUCAAUGAUCCCAAUGUCAGGACUGACAUCAGCAAUACCUGUUACUGUAACCCAACCAGCAUUUGCUGCUGAUACAGUGGAACCAAGUGCAGCCAAUGUUGAACUAACAUCCACCAACUUAUGGGAUAAGGUUUCACAGUGGUUUAGUUUUGAGAAGAUUCCCAACAUCACAUCAACAAAAUGGGCAUUUAGCCAUGACAGUGCGCCAAUGGACUUACCCUCUCUAUCUCCCAGUGAUUCAAGCAUGUACACCUUCUCUGGCUCUCUGUUUGGUGGCAAUGAUUCUCUGUCUCAGCCAACAGCUUCUGGAACAUCACUUGAGCACCUAACAUCAUCUUUCCCCUCUUUGCAUCAAGCCACAUCAGACCGGAUAAUGCAACUCACAAACAUCCUAACUAAAAACUUCUCUGAUAGUGGACAGUCAUCAGUGCCAUCAACAAACAGUCAUAUGCUUAUGUCUACUGAAACCUCUAAAAGUACUCCCAUACCUAUAACAUUUCACACACAAAAAAAUACACUUAGGCCUCUACCCUCUCACACUCCCACAACUUCCAGAGCAACAAUCACCAACCAGCCAAUAAUGACAACUUCACCUGUAACAUCUCUGCCAUGGGCGCUCCCUCAUAGUCUUAACAUGAAAACAACAACCAAGACAACAUUCCCGUCGCCAUCUACAAUUACAUCGGAUAUUACAGGGCAAACCCCAUCAAUAUUAAACACUGGACAAUCAGCAACUGAGGCCGAAUCUCUGUUGCCAUUGGAUGAAAUCCAGGUAGAAAAACCCCACCUUGCCUCUGAUUUUCAAGUAUUCUAG